AUGACUGAUCCUUUCUCAACUGAAUUAAAACCUAUAUCAACCAUUUUGCAAAGUGCACCGCGUACUUCUCAGGUACAAACACAACAACAACAACAUAAUACCUCAACACUACAACCAUUUUCACCAACAUCAUCUGUUUCGAUGCUAAAUACACCAUCAAAGAGUAAUCUGUUAUCCUCACACCAUCAACAAAAUAUACCACAGCCAGUGUCUAUACCGCAGAUUCACAAAGAGCAGCCUCUUCCCCUUCAACAACAGUUUAUACCAGCCUCGACACAAGCAACCAGUUCUUCAACACUGCCUGUACAACAGCUUUCAAACUCUGCACUCAUUCCACCUAUUUCUCAACCACCAUCGCAGUCAAAAGUGUAUCCUCAAAUUUAUAACGAUCAAGUAGAGCGAGGGAACGAUACUUCGCUCGCUUGCCGGUGGGGUGAUUGUACGCGAGUUUUUCCUGACCCUUCUUCACUUGCCACGCAUUUAUCAGAAGAUCAUGUAGGAUGGAAAAAAGGCGGCUAUCAAUGUGAUUGGAACAAUUGUUUGAGGCAAGGUGUGAAAUGCCAUAAUCGGUUUUCAUUAAUGAUGCAUUUAAGAAUUCAUACAGGUGAAAAACCGUUUGAGUGUACUACUUGUGGCCAAUCAUUUGGUAGGCAAGAUGCUCUGACGAGACAUAAAAAAGCAGAUCAUGGUGAAAUAGUUGUAAUAGAGAAUAGUAAAGCGGCAGGUACAGCACCUACUGUACCUACUGUACCUCCUCCAGGCACCAUUUUUACUGAAGUCGAUCUCAAUAAUAAGUCAACACCACAAAUUAUGCCAAUGAAUAUGGCUGUCUCACCGCCAGUAUCAAAAGCAGCAGUGAAACAGUCCCCUGUAAAGAGACAGCCUUCUGUCACAGCCGAAAACCACUUGGCGAACAAAAGUACGCCGAAGAAACAGAAAUUGCUCAAUACGAAAACCAAUGCUACUCAUAAGGCAUUAAGUACUAGUACUACAAUGCCUCAAAAUGACAAGUAUGUUGCGACUCAUCCAGCUUCAGAUGUAACGCCUCCUUUGCUAGAAGAUGAAGAAAAAGUCAGAGGAAAAGAAGGCAUUGUUCACGACGAUGAGGAAACAGAAGAUGAAGAUUUUCAACAAUUACGUAAAAACAAUAGUAAGCAAAAAGCACCAUUAUCGACGUCCCUCUCAACCUCUACUUCUAAUACUAUUACUGCGUCAUCAUCGUUCAACACUAUACCCAAAUCCUUGAAGAAUAAAAACAAAUCUUCGAGUAGUAGCAGUAGCAACAAUAAACUACUCACUUCUAAGAAAGACUCAGAGUAUAUCCAAUAUCGACUGGCUAAAGCGCAAUUAGCUUAUUUAUUGAGAGAAAAUUCAAUGCUUCAAGAUGAAUAUGAAGUAGUACAGAAGAAGUUAGAAAGAUUGAAGACAGAACGAAAAAUUCUUUUAGAUGCGUUAAUUGGACAAACAGAGCCUGCAGCUAUGACAAAGAAGAACCACAUUAGAAGGACGCAUGGUAAUCGAUCGACACAAACUACACCAGCCAUUAUUAAUGAAGAAGAUAAAAGUGAUGUUGAUGACAUCGAUUCGGUCGACACGAAUGAUAUUGAAACAAUAGUAGAUGAUGAUGAAGAGGCUGAUGAUGAUGACGAUGACUCAAUUGUGAUAGCUGAUUGA